AUGGCCGAUCUAAUUGCCUUCCAAACAUAUCAUCGUAGUAAUCUCCUUCCGCCGUCCUCGACCAUGAUUCCGCGCCACGCCCACAAGCGGUCUCUGUCCUCCGAGCAUCGCACCCUGUCGCCCGACCGGACCGUCACCAAAGCCAAAUCUACCACUAAUCUCACCGAGGUCGCCAACAAGCAGCACCCGAAAUUCGAAGAAAACAACUUCAAUACUUUGCAGGAUCCUCGACUAGCCAUGGCCUCGGAGAUUUCAACUUCUACGUCAUCGUCUCAUCACCCCGACCUGAGCAAUGAAGUUGCGGCCCUCAGCGUGAAACUGAUUCAGGCGAUCAACAAUCAGACCACCUUAGAUGACAAUCUGGUUGCCACACGACAGGAGCUGGAGGCAGCAAAGGGCAAACUCCAGUCCCUGGAAUUCCAGAAUGAGAAAUACCGGCGGGACCUCGAUGAGAAGAUCUAUAUCAAGAAGGCCGAUGCCGAUAUGGAGCUUAUGCGAUUGAGAGGAGCCCUUGCUGAGGAGUGCGCCCAACGCGCCGCGGCGGAGAAGGCAAAGAAGUCGAUUGAGCAGGAGCUGGAGGCCUUGACUGCCGAUCUCUUCGAGGAAGCCAACAAGAUGGUUGCUGCGGCUCAGAUUGAGCGCGAAGCGGUCGAGAAGAAGAACGAGCAGUUGCGUUCGCAGAUCAGAGACACAGAGUCACUCCUCGCAUCGCAUCAAGACCAGCUGGCGGAGCUCAAAUCAGUUAUGCAAGGGAUGGACCUUUCCAAAGAUGACGUGGAUAUCCGCACCAAUGCCUCUACCGCCCCCCCAUCUCCGGCCGGGCCGCCACAACUGCUGGGGUCCGCCAAGCAAGAACGUGAGUUUGACAAUCUUGCUGCAUCUUCUUGCCACCCCAAGGAUUUGAUUCCCGGCCCCUCAUGCAACUUCCCUGAAAUGAUCCGUAUGGUGUGCCGGACCGAUCUGCAGGCCUACGAAGACUUCCGGGAGUUGAUGACGCUUCCGCGGGGAUCGAAACCACCAAGUCGUGCGGGCAGCGGCUCUUACGCGGGCUUGAAUGUCAUGAGCUUGGCGGGCUUUACGACAGGUGGAUCCGCUUCGGCCAACUCUUCGCCCACCAAGGGUGUCAUGCAUUCUCCGAAUGGGAGCCUAUCCUCCCAGACUGGCUCGCAUGUUCCCCUGAAGGAGACCCGAUUUUACAAGCGGGUACUCAUGGAAGAUAUUGAACCGACCUUGCGGCUCGAUCUCGCUCCUGGCAUCUCGUGGCUUACCCGGCGUACUGUCCUGAGUGGCAUCUGUGAAGGCACGCUUGUUGUGGAGCCCAUUCCCCCAGCAUCCAAGAAAUACGAAUUCCCUUGCUCUGUUUGUGGUGAACGCAGACCUGGUGCGCAAAACGAGCGGACUCAUCGUUUCCGAACAUCGGACAGCGAAACAGCCCAGCGAUACUCGCUUUGUGUCCAGUGCUUGGAACGCGUCCGUUCGUGCUGCGAAUUCACUGGCUACCUGCGGCUGAUCCUUGAUGGGCACCUGCGCGCAGGCGAUACUGACGAGGAGAAGGAAAUCUGGGAAGAAACCGUCCGGUUGAGAGAGCGCAUGUUCUGGUCUCGCAUUGCUGGUGGCAUCGUUCCGUUGGGUGGCCUGUCAGCCGAGUCUGAAAUGAAGCCGGAGAUCGCCGAUUUUAGCAUGACUAUCCCCCAUGAGAACGGGAACGAUCACCAUCUGCACCCUACGGACAACACCAGCGUGGAGUGGAAACCUGUGGACGUUUCUCCAAGGUCGGACAAGCCUCAUCUCGCAGAAAUUACACUUGUUGAGUCUUCCGCUCGGGAUCUUGACGUGGCUAAGCCUAUGAGCGCUGAUCUUCCGCACUUUGACGAAGAGAAGAUUGAGGACUCAGCGGAUGACGCGCUGCGGAGACGCAGCUCUGUUGAUUCCGACAUUAGUAUCUACGCAGAAGCCAACUUUGUUGUUGCGAAUGACAGGGAGGGUACUGUCGCUGAGCAGCCCACGGCUACGCAUGAUACAGAAGACAUUGAGGCCAGCACCGACACUGUGACUCCUGUCCAUGAGCAGCAUACGCCUACUCAUGAACAAGAGGAGGCUGAGGCUAAAGUUGACAUUGUCGAGCCUGUCCAGCCGCCUACGCCUUCUCCUGAAGGCGAGAGCACUGAAGCGAAGGCCGAUACCGCGGAUACAGCGGCUGCGCAGGCCCCGCCUACUCACAGCAAAGACCAUACCGAAUCCGGCGGCCAGAGCAGCUCAUAA